AUGAAAUCGCGAGUAUUGAUCCUGUGCUUACUGUGCGUCGUGCGCGCGUCCCAAGUUCUAUCGAAGGAAAUCACCGAGUUCGGCGAGAGAACCUCGGUGCGAGACCCGUCGAGAAAAUCUACGUGGGGAAACGAUGGAGCCGACGGUCGGGACGCGGCCAAGUUUCGCGACAAGAGAGCUUUGGGACUUCUACUGUCGGGCCUGGCCCAGAUCUUCGGGUACACAGUGACGCCGGUUCAGCUCGCGUCGUUGGCCAACUCGAACAUGACGACACCCGCCGCGAACUCCACGGCGAUGGGCAACAUGACGGGACAGCAAACCGCGUCCUCGCGACCCAUGUUGAUGAACGUCACCGUGCCAACGCCGAGGCAACAGGAGACCAUCAGGUUCACCGGCGUGGUGAACUUCGGCAACAACUCAGACAUCGUAGGACACCUUCAACGCUACGAGCGGAUCUUCCACGGCCGCGGAAACAACACGGGAGCUGCGAUGACGACCUCGCGACCCGGCACGCCGAUGCCGAAGCCGGCUGCGAAUCUCCCGGUGAACCCGAGAACCAGACCGCCUCUGUUGACGCCGUUCUUCGUGAAGAUCCCGUUGCCGAUCGCGCCUGACCUCCUACCAGCCACGAUGCCCAUCCAAGAUCUGCAACUAUCGUAUCCCGUCCCGCUGAUUACAGUCGCGAGCGAGUCGGGCGAGGAAGCGACGCCGGAGCUGCCGGUUCGGAAGGAACAGGAGACGGUGUACAGGAACAGCGAGGAUACCGAACGGUACGUGGUGGAGGAAAAGGAGAUCUACGAUGAGAAGGACGUGAUGAAGCCGGUGAGCAAGUAUACUCAUCAACUGUACGUCGACGAGCCGAGCUUGAGCAAGCAGCAGGACGAGAGAUACAACGAAGUGCAACGCAAGCAAGAGGAAUACAUUGCGAGGAUGAAGGUGCAGGAGGCGCAAAAGCACCGGGAUGACCACGGCAGAGAGGACGAGAUCAACGAGAGGCACGGGAAUCGAGAGGAGGAGGUCGCUGAUCGAGAUCGAGACCACGCUUCCAAGUAUUCCUCGGCGGAGGAGAGAAGACCCGCGUACGACGAGGCGGGCGAAGAGUCCGCGGAAGGACACGAGGAGCGCGAGGACCAGGCGAAUCGCUCGAACGAGUCCUCGGAACGACCGGCAGAAAAGGAGGAGGGAGAGAAGACCGAACGUUAUCCGGAUUACGACGACAACGACGAGCCUGUGAAACAAUACAAGCAAGACGACGACGACCAGCCACCGCCAGCUGACUUCAACAAAUACGUAGAAAUGGCGUACAAUCAACAAUUACCGAUCGGCGAUUACUUCCACGAGGGUAACCUCGAGGAGAUCCGCGACAGCUACGGCGAAGUAUUGAACAACAAGAAGCUGGAGGACGACAGACUGUCUGGUUACUUCAGCAUGUUCAAGCAGCCGUACGUGGACGCCCAUCAGCGAGUUCGAGAGCCCGAAAACGUGUCGCAGGAGGAUAAGAGAGAGGAGACGUCUACCGAGGCGGACGGUUACGACGAGCACUUGAAGAGAAUACAGAAACUACGAGAAGAGUACGCCUUGCCCGAACCAGAGAGCAAAUACGAGGAGUACGAAAUAAACGACGAGAGUGAGGCGAACAGGAACGGCAGGCAGGAGGAGAGAGACGAGAAUCGUACCGUGACGAAAUCGAAGAAGCCCAAGACGAGCCGCGGCAAAGAGAAUAUUCGUUCCGAGGAGGCGAAGUCGCAGGAAGAGUUCGACCUUGUGAAGUACACGCCUCUGAUCGUGCCUGUGCGCUACAUCGACGCGAACGACCGGGUGGAGCAAGCGAGUACGCAACAACUCAAGUAUAAAGAAUCGAAGAAGAAAUCGGGUAACAGUCAAGUUCCCGCCAAGACCGACAACGUCGCGAGCAAAGAGAAACCAACGCCCGUCACGGCCAGCUUGCCGGAGAGACCACGGCAAUUGCACGAGGGCGAGCACAAAGAAUAUCAGCUGUGGCCGCCGCCUUUCGACUACGCCUUCGACAAUACGGAGCGAACGAACACCAUCGUCCCGGCGAAUCCACAGAGCUACCCCUUGAACUAUUAUCAGCAUAUCGUAACGAACGUCGCCGAUGACGACGCGAGCAUUCCUUCGGACCAACCUGCCGGCUACGUGGUGGUUGUCGGCAAUCCCGUGCAUCCGUAUCGCUACCCCUACAAUAUCUAUUACUUCCCCAAGGAAGCCGUAAAUCCGCAGAAUCAGGACCACCUCAACACCGAAGGCACACAUCCGCAGCAACACCAGCUUCACCUCCCUCGGCGGAACGCAGAUCAAUUGUCCGCCCCAGCGAAACCUAAUCCCACCGAGUACAUAACCGAGAACCAUAACGAGACCACGAGGAGUACUCGUAACUAUUAUAAUCAACCUCAGGAAGCUCCAGCUGACGUUCUCAAUCGUUACAAAUACGCUUUUGGAGAAUAUCCCUCUCGAGUCGACGAACUGCCAAAUGUUGCCGUGAGAAGUCACAUUUCUAAUACAGAAAACUGGUCCAAUAGGAUAUAUCCAUCGCAACCGCGAGGUGAGAGGGUCGGUCAAUCUCCGACGACUCUCGCACAGCUGCAGAACGUCGCGUCUUCGAAUCAGAACGUGCAGAGUACGCUUUCGGAGGGACGACGUCAUCCGCAGCCGUCGAGAAUACGGAAGAGUUCGCAGUCGGAGAACCGGGGCAUUCGAAAGGCGAGGGCUCUACCGCGACAUUCAGGCCCGAGGAAGAAACCUUUCGAUGAUCCUCAGAGCGCGCACGACUUCUUCGGCUUCAGCAAGAACGAUUACAGCUUUGACGGGGAAAGCGACGACGCGUCGAAAGUCGCCGAGGAGAACGGGGAAAACACGAAGGAGCCGCACGUGUUCGUCGCACCGGAACCGGCCGCUUAUCACUACAACGAAAGCACGGUGAAACACAUCGAUGAACCGGAAAAUGAUACGGAGAAAGGCGUAGUUAGGGAAUACAGGAAUAAAGUGGCGACCUUGAGAGUGUCGGAGCAGAGGCGAUUAACACCCAAUGGGCCGACUCAUUAUGUGGACUUUACGCGUAAUAUUUAA